AGAGAGGAAGAAGAAGAAAAUCCUAAAAAAAGUCAAAGGAAAGGAAACUUGCAAUUCUAAUUUCGAUUUCUCUCUCGUUCUCUUGUCUUUUGAUCUUGGAUUUGCUCUGGGGUUUCCUUUUCUUUUUUUCUUUUCUGUGUUUUUGAAUCGGUGUUUGUGGGAGGCCAGCAAAAGGGUUUUCUUCUGAGGAGAUAAUUGUUUUUUCCAAUUUGAUUUUCACGCUGGACGGCUGAAUGAUCUAAUGGAGUCUAAAGGGGGGAAGAAGAAGUCUAGUAGUAGUAAAUCCUUGUUCUACGAAGCUCCUCUUGGUUACAGCAUUGAAGAUGUUCGACCACAUGGUGGAAUCAAGAAAUUCAGAACUGCUGCCUACUCUAACUGCAUCCGAAAGCCAUCCUGAGAUUCCUAAAGUUUUCACAUAACCCUACAAGCUCUCACACACUGCAACUUCAUCUACUUUGUUUCUUCCUUCUUACCUUGUUCUCUUGUUCUCUCUACUUGCAACGUUAUUUGUUUCUUAAGGCAAUAUGGCUUUGUCUACUUCUGCUAUUGGAUUUGAAGGUUAUGAAAAGAGGCUUGAGAUUUCAUUUUCCAAGCCUGGUGUCUUUGCUUAUUCCUAUUCCAACAGGAUAGGUCUCCGUUCUCUAUCCAAAGCACAAUUGGAUGAGAUUCUGGAACCUGCUCAAUGCACAAUUGUUUCUUCACUGUCUAAUGAUUAUGUCGAUUCAUAUGUCCUUUCAGAAUCAAGCCUCUUUGUGUACCCUUAUAAGAUUAUCAUCAAGACUUGUGGGACUACGAAAUUGCUUUUUUCAAUCCCAGUCAUCCUUAAGUUGGCUGGUAACCUUUCCCUGUCUGUACAAUCUGUGAGGUACACUCGUGGGAGCUUCAUAUUUCCGGGGGCUCAGCCAUUUCCACAUCGCAGUUUCUCUGAGGAAGUAGCAAUCCUUGAUGGCUUCUUUGGCAAGCUUGGUUCUGGCAGCACAGCAUGUGUAAUGGGGUGUCCUGAUAAUAAAAAGAAAUGGCAUAUAUACUCAGCUUCUGCAGAAAACAGGAGCAAAUCUGAUCCUGUUUACACUCUUGAAAUGUGUAUGACUGGUCUGGACAGAAAGAGGGCAUCUGUCUUCUACAAAACACAUGCAAGUUCGGCAGAUGUGAUGACUGAAGAUUCUGGUAUUAGGAAUAUUCUUCCAGAGUCUGAGACAUGUGCUUUUGAGUUUGACCCUUGUGGUUACUCCAUGAAUUCAGUUGAAAGGGGUGCAAUUUCAACCAUCCAUGUAACACCAGAAGAUGGUUUCAGUUAUGCUAGUUUUGAGGCAACAGGUUAUGAUUUAAAAACUCUGAAUUUGGCCCAGCUGGUUGAGAGGGUUUUGGCUUGCUUCAAGCCUACUGAGUUCUCUAUAGCACUACACACUGACAAUGUCUGGAAUGAACUUGAGUACAGGAUGCCAAUUGACUUGAAUGGAUACUUUUGUGAAGAAAGAAGCUUUGCAAUGCUCAGGAAUAGUGGUUUUAUCAGCUUCUACCCCUUUGUUAGGGCCACUGAAGUCUCUGUAUCUCCCAAGUGCAUCCUGAAAUGCUGCUGGAGUGAGGAUGAGAAAGGGAAGAAAAUUCUAGGGCAUGGGCAUGGGCACGGGCAUGUUCCACACCUACUCAGUGCUCUCUAGCUAUAAACCUCAACAUUGUUGGGGAAUUGCUCUGGACUCGAGAAAAUUGGAGCUCUUAGCUGCUGCCGAAGUGAGGACAAGAAGGACAAGAAGGUUUAGUUGAAAUUUAUGGGAGUUUCUAUUUUUCUUUUUAAAUUUUGAAUAAAUGUUGCAGGGUUAUGUUGUGAGGGUGUUAUUAAAAACUGUGGUUUGGCUUCUGUUUUUGUUGUUUUGCAUGAAUAAAUGUUGUGGGGUUAUGUUGUGACUUGUGAGUGCAGAUGUGACUGCAUGGUGUGUUUGGUGCACACGUCUGUUAUUAUGUUGACAUGGAAUAAUAUUCUCUUGUUUGA